AUGUCAAUAUCAGUUGACAGUAAUAAUCUUAGUUUUGUUAACGAUUUGAAUCCUGGGAAGGAUAUGUGGAACAUGAAGGCGAGAAUUCUUCGAAAAUGGAAUCAGGGUUACAAGAUGGAGAUCGUCUUCAUUGAUGAGAAGGGUGCUAAGAUUCAAGCAGGUAUUAAGAGUUAUCUGAUACCUGUUUUUGAUAGACAGCUGCAAGAAGAUGCUGUUGUGAUUCUGUCGAAAUUUGGUGUUGGUGAGAAUAAAGAUUUAUAUAAAGUAGUAGUGCAGCCUUAUAAAAUCAACUUUUAUAGAUGCACGACUGUUACUCCUGUGAGAGAUUGGCAAGGUGUUGAGUAUGGUUUCAAUUUCAGAGCUUAUGAAGAUAUUCUUCAAGGAGAGGCGUUAAAUGCUUUGAGUGUUGAUGUUGCUGGAUCUGUGAUUUGUUGUGGAGAUCUUGAAAUCUUUGAUCGACCUCCAAAGGAGACUAAGAAGAUGAAUUUCGAGAUUGAAGAUUUGGAGGGUAAGGUUUUGCGGUGUACUGUGUGGAAUGAUUAUGCUCUGCAGAUUAAGGACUUCAUUUCUAAAAUCCCACCUCAUGAGCAUGUGAUGUCUGUUAUACAGCAUAGAAAGUGUAAGGAAUGGAAAGGUGAAUAUACUGUUCAAAGUGAUAAGUUUGCAAUACGAAUUUUUUUGAAUGAAGAAAUUGAUGAAGUUGAUGAGCUAAGGAGGAAGAAGUGUCUUGUGUUUUUACAGGAAAUGUCUUGUGUUGUGGUUGCGACAAUUAGGAUUGUGCAAGAAGAGUAUGGUUGGUUUUAUGCUGGCUGUCGUAAGUAUUUCAAUAAGGUGAUGGGUAAAAGUGAAUACUUACAGAAUGUUGAAACUGUUUCAGAUGAUAUUCUUCGAUUGCCUGUGACUUCUUUGGUUUAUAUCAGAUGUCAUACUAAAUGUACAUCAAUCACGACAAAGUUCAAGGUGCAAGUGCUGGUGCAUGAUGAGACUGGUAGUGUUUCUUUUGUUAUGUUUGAUAGAGAUGUUCAGAAGCUUCUUGGAUUAGCGGCGAGUGACAUAAGAGAGAGGCAAGUUAAGGCCAAUGAUACUGGAUUUCCUCAUGAGCUAUUUCGAUUGGUUGAUAAGAAGGCUGCUUUUAAGAUUGAUGUUUUAGAGUUCAAUCUUAAAAAUAACUAUCGUGUUUAUACUGUGCAAAAAAUAUGUGAUGAUCUAGUAAUAAUUGCUGAGUUGGUUGGUGGAGAUGGUAAUGGUGAUGAAAAUACUGAUGAGGUUACUCAAGAUGUAGCUGACGUUAAAGACGUUAACCUUUCAGACUCUUCCCAGGUUUCUGCUGAGCGAACUUCAAGGGAUGUUGUCUCUGUUACGGCCGACUCUUCAGUUGUUGAAGUUGAAAAGGAUUCUGGAUCAAGUCCCAAUGGAAAGCGGAUGGAUCGAGAUGCUGAUGUUGUCAACGUUGGUGAGCUAUCCACUAAUGUGAGAAGAACCUGGAAGAAGCUGACUAAGGUUAACAAUUAG